AUGCGCUCUCUCAAUGCCCCCGGGUGCACACGACCAAACUCAUCAUACACAUCAUCUGACAACUCACCUUGGAAUACCUCUAUGAACAAACGAGAUAGCGGAAAAGAGCACUCAUCUACCAUCCCGAAUGUACAAAGAGAGGAAUAUGUAGUGGAAUCUACUCAUUCUUCUCCAGAUGACCCGCCCGCUUACGAGCGCGUGGAGCAAAUUGUGACCACUACCGAUCCUGACCCAUCAUGGAAUUCAAGAGAGGAGGAAUUAGAGUAUGCCGCAGAUUUUUAUCGUGUUUUGGAUGUGGGACAACCAGACCAGAUAAUGGCGAGUCUGACAGACCUACGGUCGGCACAGCUUGUCGCAUCAUUACCCCAGACUGUCUUUAUCGAGGCGCUCCACCAACUGUCACCCGUCUAUUUUGUGGAGCCUUUCCGCGAUCUCCACCACGCCCUUCCCUCGUGGGCAUCCCUUAUCCAAGGAAUUAAACGCGCUGAAGAGCAUUUCGAUAAUUUUGUUCGCAACCUUUUUACGAUUGUACGAUAUCGAACAACGGGCCCUUAUCCGCUCGAACUAGCCGAAUACACACAUCUUCUGGACUGUGCGCGAUCGAUGGGAAAUGGUCCAUUCGCCGAGGAACUAUGGCAGUCAAUGCGGCGCGAAGAUGUGAUUCCAGAUAUGAAUUGCUAUAAUUAUUGGAUGGAGGCACAAGUGUGGGACCACUGCUAUACCGGCCAGGAAGCAUUUCGGUUACGAGUUGUGCCCAAGACUUACAAAAAACGACGAGCGGAGCAUCGCAACAUUGGGUGGCGUGGACCUGGAACUGGAAACCACAGUGUUCGGCGCAGGAUUUUGCCCAUGUAUCGAAUAAUGAUGAAGGCCGGACAUUCUCCGGACGAGCAAACUUGUAUCAACCUCUUGCUUGCCUCUGCUCGAACGGGCCAUAAGCUCGGCAUGCGAGAAGUUAUGCAGACCGUGUGGAAUGUGGAUAUCGAUGCAGUGAAAGACGCCGAGGAUCCUUCCACUUUGCCGCCUCCGACACCUUAUCCUAAAUCCUCCGCGUUGUAUCCAACCGAGAAGUUGCUUUUUGCAGUAGCUCACGCGUUCGGCACGAAUAACGAUAUCUUGGGCGCGGUUCAGGUGAUUCAGUUCUUAUCCGCCAAUUACAAGAUCAAAGUACCCGCAAAAGCAUGGUACGAGUUACUAGAGCGAGCAUUCGUGCUAUCCCGUGUACGACCUGGCGGAGUCAAGAAUCACUGGGAAAAUGAACUCGGCAAGGUUUCCCCUGACGUUGUGCGCUCUAUAUUCGAAACUAUGACCUCGGAGCCACACAAUGUUAAAACAACCGGACCUGUGUGGCGAUUUAUGCUGAAGACAGCGUACGCUUUCGGUACCUUGGAAGAAUGUCGGUCAUAUUUGAGUCGUGCAUACAAAGUACUUCUUUCUACAAGACGGCAACAGGAAAUGGCACGCCAAUUGGUGAUCCGCCUUCUUAACCCGGUUAUUCAGGCUCCAGUUGGGAAAGGAGAAAAUCAACAAGUCAACCCAAAUCUGCUCAAAAGUCCUCUAUUAGCUGAGGCGAUCAACAAAUACGAUAUCAAACGACUCGAGUUGUACCAACAGACCCGGCUCCUGCAACGUUCAGCAAUGUCUAUAGCAGUCAAAAAGGAGUGGAACGAGAUAUCAUUUAAAUCCUGGAUCUACCAAUUACGACCAAAAGUUAUGGAAGAAUGGCAGGAUUUCAUGCCAAGAAGAUUCCUACUUCACUACGGCGACCUUGCUGGUGAGGUUACUUUCCGUGGAAAUACAAACUUUGCAGAUCGAGAUUGGAAUAAGGGUCCAUACGUGCCUGUCAAGCGUAUCACGGAGGGGAAGAAGCCCGGCGCUUUUCCAGAUUCAUUCCUAUUCUGGAAGGAAGCUGACAGAUGGGAUCAUAUGCACGAGAAGUACCCAUGGUUGGAUACAAGUAUGAAGCCUUUGAGCACCCUGUUCACCUUCCAAACCGAACUCAGCGAUGAGAUCAAAGCUAAGAUACAGGAGCUUAAGGAAACAUGGGUUGACUAUCCUGAGGAUCACGCAUUGGCCGGCUCUGGGUUUCAUGGUCGUCUUGUUCAUUUGCGGUUGGACAAACCCCAAGAGCGGAGCUCAUUCCUUCUGGAUGAGAACUCAUUGAUUUGA